GAUCGAUUGGUUAGGAUUUUGAUCUCUCCACUUAGUCACAGACAGAUGAAUGCUAACACUUUCCUCUCCUUAAAGAGCUUAAACACAUAACCAAAUUCUGUUCAACAUAAAAUCAAAAUAAUGGUCCACAAUUUUCCUGCUUCUCUUUGUUUCUUGUGUGCACCACUCUUCAAUGAGGCUCCUUCUCUGCAAUCAUUAUGAUUUAUUAUAUUUUCACUUUGGCACCUUCUCAAUUGUUAUUUAUUUCUUUACUCACAAAAUUAAACAUGCUCUUCUUGUAUAUUUGGCAAUCUCAGAGUCUCAAGUAAAAGUCCAUUCGCAUCUGGGCUAAGCAUGAGCAGUGAAAAUCAUCAUUACUUUUACCAUCAGAACCUGCAAAUCCAUCGCAGAACCACGUUUCUGCCAAUGCUAUGUGCAAGGCCAUCAUCCAUGAAAGAUGUCAGUCUUCCACAGUGGAGAGACCAAGCAGGAUCCUUUUCCAAUGACCCUUUGUCCCCAAGAAUUGGUUGCAUGGGUCAGGUCAAGAGGCACAACAAAAUACUUGGACUUCUCACAACCAAAACUACCACCACCACCAACAUCAACAUCAUUUCCCCCUCUGUUAACUAUGCCAAGCUUAAAAAGCUCUUUUCUGCCAAAAACUUAGCCACCACCACCACCACUAGGCCAAGAGGAACAGAAAACAGUGGGAAUGUGCCCAGAAGCCACAACAAGCAUAUGUGUAAGAGAAAUGAGAAUGUUGUUCCCAUAAGAAUUGAAAACAUGGAUCUUCCUCUACCUGUGAUCAAGAGAGUGCAGAAGCCAGAGGAAGAGAGGCAAGUGGAUACUCUUUGGAAAAGAAGGUCUGGUGGGGCUGCAUUGAAAACCUUACAACUUCAACAGAUUCAUCGUUCCAGACAUCAUCCUCAGCUUACAAGUGUUUGAUGAGUCAUCGGAUAUGCCAGAUGCAAAAUUCUUCUGUUUUUUCCUUUUCUCUUUGAAUUUUUACAUUGGAUAUAAUCUAAAUGGCAUGUUUUUAGUUUC